CGGAGCCUGGGCCGCCCGGACCGGCGGAGCGGCUGCGGCGGCAGACGGGCGGAGGCAGGAUGGAGGUGUGGAGCGCCGCCGCCGCCGCCGCCGCGCUGCUGCUGGUCGCUCUGGGCUGGAGACUCCGCCGGGGCCUCCGGGGCGUCCCGCGGGGCCUGCUGCGGGGCCUCCUGUGGCUCCUCCUGUGGGCCGCCCUCUGGGCCGGCGCCGCAGCUUUCACCACCUGCAGCCUGUUCCUGUCUCAGAACCCGGACCUGGUCUGGGUUCUGCUGCUGGGCGGCCUGGUGGUCUGCUGGGAGGAGGAGGAGCUGCAACCUGAUAGGACGGUUCUGCUGACAGGCUGCGACUCGGGCUUCGGCCACGCCCUGGCGGUGACCCUGAGCCAGCGGGGCCUGACGGUGUUCGCAGGCGUGCUGGACGCGGACGGAGACGGCGCCCGGCGGCUCCGGGACCGGCGCUGCGACCGGCUGCAGGUGCUGCAGCUCGACGUGACCGACCAGCGGCAGGUGGAGGCGGCGCGCAGCUACGUCGGAGCGCGGGUGGCCGACGCAGGUCUCUGGGCCCUGGUGAAUAACGCCGGCGUGCUGCUGUGUCCCACCGACGCCGAGCUGCAGCCGCUGGACGACUACCAGCGCUGUCUGGACGUCAACUUCCUGUCUGCCGUCAGGAUGACUCAGCACUUCCUGCCGCUGCUGCGGCGCUCCGGAGGACGCAUCGUCAACGUGUCCAGCCUGGCAGGGAACGUCCCCAUGCCGAUGUUCGCCGCCUACGGCGCGUCGAAGGCGGCGCUCGCCAUGUUCUCGGAGGUUCUGCGGCAGGAGAUGUGGGCGUGGGGCGUGCGGGUGUGUGUGGUGCAGCCGACGGCCUUCAGAACCGGGAUCUAUGGCGACUCGGAGUCGGCGAGCCGCCACGCCCGCCGCCUGCUGGCCGCCGCUUCCGCCGAGGCCAGAGAGGAUUAUGGGUCGGAGUACAUCGCGGGUCUGCCGCUGGCGCUGGGCCAGAUGUCCCGCCUCUCGGCGGUGGACUUGACCCCCGUGGUGGACGACGUGGUCCACGCCCUGCUGUCGCCCAGGCCCCGCCCCCUCUACACGCCGGGGCACAUGGGAGGGCUGCUGCCCGUCCUGUACCGCUGCUGCCCCACUUCCUGGUUCGAUUCCCUCGUCAGUCGCCUGAACUACAGGAAACCGGCCGCGCAAAGACAGUCGUCCCCGUAACACAACCGCACAGGACCGCACAGGACUGCACAACGUUACACUACAGCACACAACUUUACACAACACCGCACAAUGCUACACUAUACCAUACAACGCAACACCUCACAACGCUACACUAUAUCGUACAACGCUACGACGCACUGCACGUUACAGAACGCCACACAACACUACACCGCACAACACUACAACGCACAACGCUACACCGCACAACGCUACACCGCACAAUGCUACACUGCACAACACUACACUACACUGCCCAACACUACACCGCACAACGCUACACCGCACAACGCUACACCGCACAAUGCUACACUGCACAACACUACACUACACUGCCCAACACUACACCGCACAACGCUACACCGCACAACGCUACACCGCACAACACUACACUGCACAACACUACACUACACUGCCCAACACUACACCGCACAACGCUACACCGCACAACGCUACACCGCACAACACUACACUGCACAACGCUACACCACACAACGCUGGACUGCACCGCACAAUGUUACACAACACCGCACAAUGCUACACUAUAUCGUACAACGCUGCACCGCACUGCACAACACUACACCACGCCGCUCACUACAGCCCGCAGCGCUGCACAGGAAGGAUCCACCCCGCAGGUUCUGACUGGAAUCUCGUCACAUUCAAACCUUUUGCUGCUCAGAAAAUUAUCAUUAUUAAACACAUCUGGACAACUCAGAUCUGGUCCCAGCAUGUGGAUCCAGGACCUGGACCUGGACUCAGAUCUGGUCCCAGCAUGUGGAUCCAGGACCUGGACCUGGACUCAGAUCUGGUCCCAGCAUGUGGAUCCAGGACCUGGACC